CUAUGAAAGAAAAGGGAAAAAAAAAAAGUUGCACGCUGGAGGAGGGAGGGAAGGCUGUUAUUUUCCCGGCCGCCUGUAGCGUUACCUGGCGCUGAGAAGUAAAAACAAACUUAAGACAAAUGAAAAUGAGACCUGGAGAGGUCCUUAUAGACUGCUUAGAGUCUGUUGAAGAUACCAAAGGGAACAAUGGAGACAGAGCAUUCAAAAAAAAAUUGUUUAGUGAUUUGUCUGCUGGGGUGUCCUGUGCUUUUUUCAUAUCAAGGGGAAGGAAUAUUCUGGUGUUUCAAAACUAGAGGUAGACUGCUUGUGACAAAUUUGCGGAUUAUCUGGCGCUCAUUGUCAUUGCCCAGAGUCAAUCUCUCUGUUGGUUACAACUGCAUUAUAAAUAUAACUACAAGAACUGCUAACUCAAAAUUACGAGGGCAGACAGAAGCUCUGUAUAUAUUGACUAAAUGUAACAAUACACGGUUUGAGUUCAUAUUUACCAAUGUUGUCCCCGGGAGUCCCAGACUCUUCACUUCGGUUAUUGCUGUACACAGAGCUUAUGAAACUUCUAAAAUGUAUCGUGAUCUGAAGCUGAGAAGUGCACUGAUUCAAAACAAGCAACUGAGAUUAUUACCACAAGAACAAAUAUAUGACAAAAUCAAUGGAGUUUGGAAUUUAUCAAGUGACCAGGGAAAUUUGGGAACGUUUUUUAUUACUAAUGUGAGAAUAGUUUGGCAUGCAAAUAUGAAUGACAGCUUUAAUGUCAGCAUACCAUAUCUACAAAUUCGUUCAAUAAAAAUAAGAGACUCAAAGUUUGGCCUGGCACUUGUGAUUGAGAGUUCUCAGCAGAGUGGAGGAUAUGUGCUUGGUUUUAAAAUAGACCCUGUGGAGAAACUACAGGAGGCAGUGAAAGAAAUUAAUUCACUUCACAGAGUUUAUUCAGCUAACCCUAUAUUUGGAGUGGAUUAUGAAAUGGAAGAGAAGCCUCAACCUCUUGAAGACCUAACAGUGGAGCAGGUUCAAGAUGAUGUGGAAAUAGAAUCUGAUGAACAUACAGAUGCUUUUGUGGCUUACUUUGCUGAUGAAAACAAGCAACAUGAUCGGGAGCCCGUUUUUUCAGAAGAACUAGGACUUGCAAUAGAGAAGCUAAAGGAUGGAUUCACACUCCAGGGACUCUGGGAAGUAAUGACCUGAUUUAGAUCGGCACGUGUUUGUUUCCUCAGCAAGGAAAGACUCUCAGUUCUUACUGGGCUUGGGAGAUCUUUAGGAGGGAACUUAGAAAUACCAGCAUAGCAGAGAAGGAACAUGCCAAAGCUGACGAGCAGGCAAAUAUUAGAUAAUAUGCCCUCAGGAUGUGUCAUAAAGGAAAAAUUAUUCAAAACUCUCCUAUGUAUAAAAGCUUUGUAUUUAUUACACGGUUUCUGUAAGCAGUGGGAGGAGAGCCAACAGUGAAUAUAAGAAGGGGCGGGGCCCCAACUGCUGGAAGCUCCACCCCCUGCAGGUAGUCACGUGCUCCGGAAGCCCUACCCUUCCCCUGGUCACAUGAGUGAGGACUCAAAGUCCCUUCCCACUCCAUGUGUGGCCACUGCCAUUGUAUUUCAUCUGCCAUUAUGUAAAAUGUCGUACCCUGCAGUUUUACACUGCUUUGUGAUUGGCCAACUGUGGGUUUUGACACACUCGUACACCAGGUGUUUUCAGGCCUGUGAUUGGCAGGAGCAGCCACCCCAUCUUGCUUCCCACAGAAGGUCAUCAGAGCCAGAAGCCCCCUCCCCUAACACCACAGGGUCUGCCAUGGUGUUUCAGCCACCAUUUUGGGGCAGGUAGCCACCUUUUUUUUUUUUUUUUUUUUUUUAAACAACUUAAUGACCCUUGUGCCUACAUACUGCCCUGUGAUUGGCUGCCAGGACCAUCCAUGGCCUGCCGUUUUCCCUGGAAAUAUGUCAGAAAAGGAAGGGUCCUCUUCCUACGUACAGGAGACCACCAUUUGAGUUAGGACAGUCUGUGGUAUAUAGUUUGAUUUGAAGUAUUCAUGUAUUUCUACACAGUGUUAUACUUUCCCAUAAUGAUUAUGUCUAAAUCAAAUUUCCAUAACUUGUUUAAUGUUGUGCAAUGUAGAAGUAUCAUCGUAUGCAGAAUGUUUCGUAUCUGGGCAUAUUGGCUGUGUCAUUGCAGCAGUGCUGUGUUACUGAUAACUGUGACAAAAAGCAAUACCGUUCCAAAUAUUAGUUUUCAUGUCUCACAAUUUUGUUAAAUGUUCAGCACAUACCAUUCCAGGUAGUUAAUUGUAAUGGAGAUAACCUCAUACAGUUUUUUCUCUUUUUCCUCUUGUUUCUUUUCUUUAUUUUGGCUAGAGCACCCUUUUUUAAGGAAUGAUCUAGAAAAAGUUACACACACAGCUUCUGUGUCUGAGUCAUUAGACCUUUAUGCUGUUAUGUGUUAGAAAUGAGUCAUUUAUUGUUUAAAGGAAGAUGCAGCUGUUACGUUUUCUAGUGAGAUAAGACCUCUGUGCUAUUUUCUAUAAGUGGAAAAAGUCAAAUGAGCUCUCCUCUCAGCUGUUGUUUUAGCAGCUGACUGUUACAGUAACGUAACUGUGGCGUGAAUAUAAUUGUGAUGUUUGCAGAAAAUCUUUCAAGGUAUAUAUGUUAAUGAAAUACUACCUAUAUUGAAAAACAAUCAUGAUUUCAAUAAACUUUGAUAACGUCGUACCUCGUUAAA